UUUGUUUUGUUUCUGUCCCGAAUAUGCCAUGCCCAAUCACAAACUACCAAAACAGCUUCUGGUUGUAGAAUAGCGAAUGUUUUGUUGAGAUACAUUAAAUAAUGGAACUAGAUAACUUAAGGAUUUUUCGCGAAGAAGAUACUGGUAAUGAAAUUAUCAUAAAGGUAGAAAGUGGAAAUGUAGAGUCCAUGGACAGUAGUGUCCAGAUUGAAGAUUUGGAGUGUAAAGGGCAGCUGUGCCGUUUAUGUGCAAGUAGCAUCAGUACAGGCAUAUAUAUAUUCAAUGGAACUGGAAGAGAGCAACAUCUUGCAGACAAAAUCAACACAUGCCUGCCAGUAUCUGUUAAAGUAACCGAUUUACUACCAAAGCAACUCUGUGUGCCAUGCAGCAACAAACUAAAUUUUUGUUUUGAUUUUGCUGAGUCUUGUGUUAAGGCUGAGAAGAAACUAAAACGAAUAAUGAAGAUUCAUCCAUUGGAAUUCCCAAUAACUUCCCCAUUGACUGCUACUUACAAUUAUUUUAGUCAUCCCUUUAGAAAUGAUAGUGAAGAUCAUAUUACAGACAGGCAGCAAGAUAAAUUAAGUGAGUUAACUGGUGGUAACAAAGUAUAUUGUUGUCCAUUAUGCUGUGAAGGGAAGAUGAUUCUUCAGAAAGGUAUUUGUAAUGCAGAAGAAAUAGAUUUAGCAAACAGUUCUCAGUUCAAUACAAAUGGUGAAAUUGUUGAAAUGUUUGACUUGACAGAAGAGUAUUGUAAUAAACUUGAAAACUCUGAAUUUGCAAAUGUCAGUCUAGUCAAUGAUGCUGAAGAGAAUGAUAGCAGAGAUGAAAAGCAUUCCAGUGAUGAACAUAACAUCGAAGAUAUUACUUCUUGGUCAUUUCUGUGCCGUUUUUGUGGUGAUUUUUGCCCAGACUUGUAUUCCGGCUUAGCUCACUCAAAGUACCAUGUGAAUGACAGUGGUUUACCAUGUGUUCUUUGUGAAACAUAUUUUACAAAGGAAACAGAUGUGGAAAAUCACUUCAGAAAUCAUAAUUCUGAAAUGCUCAAAAAACUUGGUAGACUACAAAAUGAACAGACUUUGCAGAAAAAUAAAGCACUUGUACCUGAUGAUGCAAAACUUUGCAAAUGUGCAGAAUGUGGCAAAAUAUUUGGUACAGUAGAAAGACUUUCAUUUCAUACCCAGUUUCACAGUGGAGUGAGAACUUUAAUUUGUGAACGAUGCAAAAAAGAAUUUAGUAGUGAGAAUAUGAUGUUUCGUCAUAUGAAUUUAGUUCAUGGUGGUACUGAAACUUGCAAGAAAUGUGGUGCCUCUUUCAUGUCUAAAGUUAAGUUAGAUUCUCAUGUCUGUCAACUUGUGGAACAGCCAUUUAGAUGCAAGAUAUGUAGAAAGCAAUUUAAAGAUACUACAAUGUUGAGAAAACAUACAGCAUCUCAUAACUUCAUUGUAGCAGAACCCUUUCAGUGUAAUCAGUGUGACACCAGUUUUGCUUGUGUUUCCAAACUCAGUAUGCACGUACAGAUUACCCACUGCAGACCCCUUACUCCUCAGAUAUGUGUUAAAUGCAAUGUAUGUAGAGCAGUGUUCCCAAAUAUGGAAUAUGCCUUAUUACAUAUUCAAAAACAUGCCACAUCUGACUUGUUGAUUGAUGUUAAAAGUGUUGAAGAAAUUGAAGUAAAGAUGUUGUUCUGUUGUGUGUACUGUGAAGCACUGUUUUCACACAUGGAGCAUUUGUUCCAGCAUACCUCAGAACACUCUGGUUUCAACCCAUACCAUUGUUUAUAUUGCAAUAUGCUCUUCCCAGACCACAGCCAAAUGAAAUUUCAUAAAAAAUAUCACUUGAAACAUGACAGUCAGUGCAAGAAACUGAGCUUAUUUUCAAUCCCCCUAUUGUAUGUAUGUGAAAAGUGUGAGAAAAGUUUUAAUACAUGGAAAGGAUUGCAAACACACUACAUUUUACACAGUGGUUUUCACAGAGGAAAUUCACAAAAUAAAAAAUGUAGGGUUGAGGAACCUGAAUUUCACCUGUGUGAAGACUGUGGAGAGAGUUUUAAGAAGCAAACUGACUUGAGACGACACCAGUUGAAAGAACACCGCCCACAAAACAGGUUUCCAUGUGAAGAGUGCGGUAAGGUGCUGUUACACUACUCUGGGCUCAUCAUCCACAGGCGCCAGCACACUGGGGAGAGACCUUUCAUGUGCGACGUUUGUGGAAAGAGUUUUCCGCAAGGUCCUGCCAUGUAUACACAUCGACGAACACACACACGAGACUACCCGUAUAGAUGUGACAUAUGUGGACAGACGUUCAACAAUAAAGGUGAUCUUAAUAAUCACCGUCGCUCAAAACACACCAAAGAACGCCCCUUCAAGUGCAAUGUGUGCAGUAAGUCCUUUCUGACUAGCAGUGUGUAUUACCAGCAUAAACAACUGCAUGCUGGCAUCCGCAAAUACAAAUGUACACAUUGUGAUAGAUCCUUCAGCCGAUGGAAUGCACUGAGUAUUCACACCAAGUCGCAUACUGGGGAGAAGCCUCACGCUUGUCAUGUGUGUGGCAGAGGAUUUGCACAGAAAGGUGACAUGAAGAAACACAUGAGGACCCAGCAUGGAGUAAUAAAAUGAGUAUAGCAGUUUUUUGCCAGAAGUACAAAUACAUUUGCAAUCGCUUUAUUGUAAUUUAAUGUGUCUUUUGUAACUGUCAGAAAUGUUUCAAAUGUGGUAGAUGGACUCACAAAAGGCUGUACUGGAUGGAAAAAUGGCAAUCUGGAUUAAUUUACAUGUUUCUAAAUUAAAGCUAAAUAGAACAUCACCCAGUUAUACCCAACUUUACAUCUGGUUAUGGUCUAACUGACGGGACAAAACAGUUUUAGUAUUUGUUUUUAUUCUACUUAUUUCAUGAGAAUUGCUUUUUAUGACGGCACUGUAGACUAUAAUGUGUACUUUAACAAGUUUAAAUAAUAAUAUAAAAGCAAAUUUUUCAUUUGUUAGCUUCCUGGUUAUGCCCCAAAUUUCCUAAAUGACAAGCCUAGUAAAAAAAGAUGUAACUGAAAUGUUAAAUCUGAAUAUCUAUUUUCACAGUACAAAUAGACAAUUUCAUCAAAAGAAA